UUGCGCUAUACCCCGACGCCGAGAAAACGUUCGUUUGUAAGAAUUCGACUUCCACUCAGACAGAAUUCGCUCUCCCUUCUCCGCUGCACAGUUUGUCUGGUUCUUGCACUAUCAAAAAUGAAGGAAAAGGUCGACUUCGAGACUACCAAAGACGGUGCCACACUCGAGGCCAACAUCGUCAGCCUCAACUCGGCUUCGGAUGGCGAAAAGGGCGAACUCCUCGACUAUGACCCCGAGAAGCCUCCGCCUACCGAGGAAGAGUGGGCGACGCUCGAGCGAGUGCCCGGCAGGAUCCCUGCGACGGCGUGGACAGUGGCCUUUGUCGAGUUUGUCGAACGCAUGUCCUACUAUGGUACCAGCGCCGUGUUUGUCAACUUCAUCCAGAAGGAUUUACCUCCUGGCUCAACCACUGGUGCUGGUUUCUUGAAGCAGCCUGGCUCUGGUGCCCUUGGUCUUGGGCAGCGAGCGUCCACGGGUAUCACCAUGUUCAACCAGUUCUGGAACUACUUUACACCGCUGAUCGGUGCCUACAUUGCUGAUCAGUAUCUCGGUCGUUACUUGACAAUCCAGUACGCCAACUUGAUCUCCAUCAUCGGCCACAUCAUCCUCAUCUUCUCCGCCAUUCCUCCGGUCAUCGUCAACUCCAACGCUGCCCUGCCCAUCUUCCUCAUUGGUCUAAUAAUCAUGGGUAUGGGCACCGGUGGCUUCAAGUCCAAUAUCUCUCCUUUGGUCGCUGAACAGUACAGAGACACCAAGGCCUAUGUCAAGGUGGACAAGCGCGGACACCGCGUUAUCGUGGACCCGGCCGUCACGACUGCGAGAAUCUACCUCUACUUCUACUUCCUCAUCAACCUCGGCUCCAUCAUUGGCUCGCUUGCCAUGGUGUACUCGGAACAUUUUGUCGGUUUCUGGCUCUCGUUUACUCUCCCUACCGUCUGCUACUUGUUGUGCCCGGCCCUGCUCUGGUACUUCAAGAAGACGUAUCACCUCUCCCCACCGACUGGCUCAGUUAUGGGCCGCGCUGUGAAGGUCAUUAAUCUUGCGCGCAAGAAGAGCUCCGGCCUCCGCGACCCGGAAUUCUGGAACCGUGUCAAGCCUAGCGCCAUUGCGGCCCGCGGCGAGCCUAUUCCCGAAUGGAUGACUUUUGACGAUGCGUGGGUCGACGAGCUCAAGCGCGGUAUUCUCGCAUGCAAGGUCUUCUUGUGGUUCCCUCUUUACUGGUUGGCUUAUAACCAGAUGCUGAACAACUUGGUCAGUCAAGCAGGGACCUUGGUUUUGGGCAAUACGCCAAACGAUGUAUUGGCCAAGCUCAACCCGCUCUUCAUUAUUGUUACUAUCCCCAUCAUGGACUUCUUCAUCUACCCGGCCCUGCGCAAGAUGAAGGUGCGCCUGAGCCCUAUCCGCAAGAUCACUGCUGGCUUCAUUGUUGCCUCGCUAGCCAUGGUCUCGGCAUGUGUUACACAGUACUACAUCUACAAGCUGUCGCCCUGCGGAAACAACAUCAACAAACUCAUCAAGGGCGGCCGUAAGGACUGCCAGGCGCCCAUCUCGGUUUGGGUGCAGGCGCUGCCAUACGGCCUCAUCGGCCUCUCCGAGGUUCUUGCUUCCAUUACCAAGCUAGAGUACGCUUACACCAAGGCCCCGAACAAUAUGAAGUCGACCGUGCAGGCUGUCGCCUUGUUUACCUCUGCUCUUUCUUCUGCCCUCGGACAGGCCCUCACUGGUCUCUCAGAAGAUCCAUUGCUGGUUUGGAACUACGGUACCGUCGCUGUUGCAGCCUUUGUCGGUGGCAUUGGCUUCUACUUGACGUUUAUGAAGGCAGACCGCGACGAGGACAAGCUCAACAAUCAAAAAGACUCUUCGUACAUUGGCAAGGAUAAAUGAGUCGGUGGCAACUAAUAAAUCCUUAUCUCUUCUCUUCGUAAUAAAUGAUAUUAAGCAUCUCCUUUUAAUAGUACUUUUAUUGGAUUAUUAAUAACGUGGUGGAUAAGCGAGCG